GCUGCGCGGACAUUACUAUGUAUAUGUAUAUAUAAAUUGGAUCCAACGGCAAUGCUUUUGUAUAUGUAAUACAUAUAUUGACUGAUAUUGACAUUAUGGCUAGUCCACGUACUCGACAAAUUUUAAAUCAAUUAAAAGUCAAAGAUGAAAAUAACAGAUGUUUCGAAUGUGGUACACAUAAUCCUCAAUGGGCUUCAGUUACAUAUGGCAUCUGGAUAUGUCUUGAAUGCUCAGGAAAACAUAGAGGACUUGGAGUUCAUCUAUCGUUCGUGCGAUCUGUUUCUAUGGACAAGUGGAAAGACAUAGAAUUAGAAAAAAUGAGAGUUGGUGGAAAUAAACUUGCUCGAGAAUUCUUCGAAGCUCAACCAGACUGGAAUAAUUCCAUGUCUAUUUCUCAGAAAUACAAUACCAAAGCAGCUGCGUUGUACAAAGAUAAGAUUGCUACGUUAGCUCAAGGAAAUUCUUGGAGUCCUACUGAAUCUAAAAUAAUGGUAUUUCAAUCUCAGAAACAAUCGGAAGUACAAGAACAUUCUGCUUAUCAGAAUGAUUUAACUGCCAGUUACCAGAAUGCUAAUUCACCUGCCAUUAAAGCACAAACAGAAUCUUUUUUUGCUAGAAGACAAAGUGAAAAUGCUAAUCGUCCUGAAAAUAUACCACCUAAUCAAGGAGGUAAAUAUAGUGGAUUUGGUUAUCAAAUGGAAGCACCUCCAAAAAGUAUGUCCCAAGAAUUAUUUGACAAUGCAGUAUCAUCUUUAACAAGUGGCUGGCAAAUAUUUUCUUCUAAUGCAUCAAAAAUAGCAUCUAAAGCUACAGAAAAUGCUAUUAAAAUUGGAGAACUCGCAGCAUCAAAGGUAGGAGAUUUGGGAAGAAAAGGCUGGGGUGAUAUUGGAGGUACAAAUACAGCGGAACAAAGUCAAUAUAGUAUUGGAGAACAUUAUCAAAAUUCAUCAAACACUUAUCAAAAUAGUAUUGAUAAGCAAUCAUGUUCUAAUGAAAAAUCAUCUUUAAUAACUGGUUCUAGUAUGAAGAAUUCUACCACUUACCCAAGUUCAGAUAAUUCUAAUUGGAACUGGGGAGAUGAAUCAGAACAAUCAAAUGAUACAUCAGUGGAUGUAAACUUAUCUUCAAAAAGUUAAAAAUAGAAAGUUGAUAGCACUGUAAAAGUAUAAUUGUCUCUAUUUCCUAAGCAGAUAAAUGGAAUUCCGAGUCUAAAAAUAAUUUCACAGGAUGAAAUUUAAAAAAACCUAAUUGUAUUAUCUUGUAUAAAUUACUUUAUCAAAGUUUAUAAUAUUUAAUUAUUUCUUGCAUUUAUUAUGAACAGCAUUAGACUAGAUUGAAUAUAAAGUAUAAUUUAUUCUCUUAUAAAUUCACGUCUUUAUAAAUGUGUAAUGUAUAACUUACUAAUAUACAUAUAUUCAUGUUUCAGUGAAUGUAUUUGCAAUAUAUAAUAAUUUUAAUGGUUUUAUGAUAAAUAUGUUUAAAGACAAAAUUAUAAUUAUCAUUUAAUAAUAAUGGAUACACAAUGAUAAAUUAGCAUAAUUAUUUCAUCGUAAUCAUGAAAUCACUUUGUGUGAUUUCUAAAAAGAAAUUGUACAGCAGCACGAAAGUAAAUGUUAAUAUCCUAUAAAAAUGUUUAUUACAGUUAUAAAAUACAUUAUAAUAUCACAGUUAUCAAAAA